GAGGGUAGUGCCGGCCGAGAGUCCUCUGCGUGCGGCUGCCGCGGCGCCUCCACAGCGUCUCUGACAGCCCGGGCGGUGCGACCCGCGACCCUUCUGGCCCCGCGCAGCCACCGCGGCCUCCAUCGCGUCCCGAGGAGCGGCUGAGUGCCCUCGCUCGCCUCGGCGCCCGCCUCUGGGGCCAUCCGUCCUGCCGUCGCUGCGGAGGCCGCAUCUGGCUCGCAUCUGGAACCGCCCGGCCGGCAGCGCUGGAGCCCGCGCCCACCCUGGCCCGGCCUCGCCGGGAGCCCUGCCCGGAGCUGGAGCCGCACCUGGAGCCACGGGCCCGGGGCCUUGAGCCGCGCAGCCGGCGCAUGGUGAACUCGCUGCUGUUCGGGGAGAUGGCCUUGGCCUUCGGCUGCCCGCCGGGAGGCGGCGGCGGGGGCUGCCCCGGCGGGGGUGGCGGCGGCGGCGGCGGGGCCGGGCCGGGUCCGUCGCCGGUGACGGCGGCGCUGCGGGACGACCUGGGCUCCAACAUCCACCUCCUGAAGGGGCUCAACGUGCGCUUCCGCUGCUUCCUGGCCAAGGUGCACGAACUGGAGCGGCGCAACCGGCUGCUGGAGAAGCAGCUGGAGCAGCAGCAGAGCGAGCGCGAGCGGCGGCUGCGCUACAAGACCUUCUCCCGCGAGCAGGCCGUGCAGACCGGGCCCGAGCUGUUGCGGCCCCCAGCGCCCGGCGGCGGGCACGGCCUCGGCAGCGGCGCGGCGGCGGGCGCCAACGCCAAUGCCGUGGCCCUGGGCGGCCUGCCCCCCGGCGGCGGCUCGCACCCGCAGCACUACGGUCGCCUGCCCGGUACCAUCUGGAGCUACACGCAGGUGCGGCGCACGGGCGGCGGCGGCGUGGAGACAGUGCAGGGCCCCGGCGUGUCGUGGGUGCACCCCGACGGCGUGGGCGUGCAGAUCGACACCAUCACGCCGGAGAUCCGUGCGCUCUACAACGUGCUGGCCAAGGUGAAGCGCGAGCGCGACGAGUACAAGCGGAGAUGGGAGGAGGAGCUCGCCAAGCGCAUGAACCUUCAGACUAUGGUGGAAACGCUGCAGGAGGCGGCACAGGAGGCUGAUGCCAUCCAGGAGGAGAUGAAUGAGAAGAUCGAGCGGCUCAAGGCUGAGCUGGUGGUGUUUAAGGGGCUUAUGAGUGACCCCAUGACAGACCUGGACACAAAGAUCCAAGAAAAGGCCAUGAAGGUGGACAUGGACAUCUGCCGCCGAAUCGAUAUCACGGCUAAGCUGUGCGAUGUCGCACAGCAGCGGAACUCGGAAGACGUGUCCAAGAUCUUCCAGAGGCUCUCGAUACCCCCCCGACCUAACGUGCAAGUGUGGGUGCCCCCGAGAGACGGCGAUCAGGUGGUCCCCAAAAAGAAAGAGCGUAAGGUGGCUUCUGAUGAUGACAUCUCCGAGCAGGACGGGGAGGUGAACCGGUUCUCAGAUGACGAGGUCGGCUCAAUGAACAUCACUGAUGAGAUGAAGCGCAUGUUUAACCAGCUGCGGGAGACCUUUGACUUUGACGACGACUGUGACAGCCUGACGUGGGAAGAGAAUGAAGACACGCUGCUGCUCUGGGAGGAUUUCACCAACUGCAAUCCAACCAUUGACCUGCAGGGCGAGCAAGAGGAAAACUUGGGCAACUUGAUCCACGAGACUGAAUCCUUCUUCAAGACGAGAGACAAGGAGUACCAGGAAACAAUAGGACAGAUUGAGCUGGAGCUGGCCACAGCCAAGAGCGACAUGAACCGACACCUGCACGAGUACAUGGAGAUGUGCAGCAUGAAGCGAGGCCUGGACGUGCAGAUGGAGACCUGCCGCCGGCUCAUCAAAGGCUCCGCAGACAGGAAUUCACCGUCCCCCAGCUCCGUGGCCAGCAGCGACUCAGGAAGUACAGACGAGAUCCAGGAUGAGUUCGAGCGGGAGGCGGAUGUGGAGCCUAUGGUCAGCUGAUGACUGAGGCCCUGCGUGCCUGCUGGUCUUGGUGAUGGGGCCCUGCCCCCUCUCCUCAUGGGUCCAGGAAGGCCCCUCGGAGUGGGGUUCGAAGCCGCACCACACAGACUGUCUCUGCCCUCCCUUCUCUGGAGGCCCCGAGGGACUGCUGCUUCCUUCCUUCCUUCCAUACCACCAACGGGUGCCCCGUCCCCAUUCCCCACCCACCCAAGGAAUGGUGCUGUCAAUUUCUAUUGUUCUCCACAUUACAAAUGCAGACUUCUGUGCGGACUUUGCAGUGUUAACUGUGCCUUCUCCCUUAAGCUGAGCCACUUUGAGCUCCAAAGAAUUAUUCCUAGCAGGUGUUUUUAUACAGAAUUCUAAGGUGAGGGCGGGGCCAGCCGGGUGUAGUGUAAUGUGGUUUCUGCCAUCCGUCCCACCUGCUCCUCUGAUUGGCCAUGGGCUGCGCCCUCCCUUCCUCCUGAGCCAGCCCAGACCAGCCUGGGGGCUUGGGGUACUCUGCCGACCCCCAGGAAGGAGCCGCUUGCCUAUGUAAACUUUCUGGGCCUGGGUAGGGGCCACCCCAAUUUUCUCACUCUCUGAAGGAAGGAAGACAGGUGUUUCAUUUUUUUCGGGGGGAUGGGGUGGCAAAGUUGAAGGGACAAGGCACUGUGAGGGGAGGGUGGGGCCUCACUGUGUUUAAACUACUAUGCAAAAAACAAAACAAACAACAAAAGCAGCUUGCCUUAUAUCCUUGUGGAAGGCAGGACCUCUCCUGGAGCUGGAGGGAGGCCGGGCUGAGGGUGAUCUGUGUUGCGGCACGGACUGGGCAGCGUGGGUUUGGCCGAGGUCGGUCACGAGCCCGGGGUUCCCGCACGGCACUGGCCUGCCUGACCGCUUGCUCUCUGCGGCCUCUGUGGGUUCAGGGCAGGGGCGGAGGGGAUCUUUUACUGCCCUGAUAACCUGAUGUUCUUCCCUCCCUCGCCAGCGAACAAUAGAGUGUUAGAGAUAUGUAAUUUCUCUGUGAGAAAGUCUGAAGGGGCCGGGUCUGGUCUCUGCUCCCUUCUACCCAUCUUGGGUGAGGACUGUGUGGCAGUUGCCCGCUUUUGGCCGCUGGCAGGAGAGAGGCAGGGUGGGCUGCUGGCAGGGCAGGAGCUGGAGUGAGGGCCAUCCUCUCUCCGCUCCUGGACACACACAAGCCUCUCUCAGCAGUUCCCUCCGCUGGCCAGUCGGGGUGUUGAUCUGAGCCAGCAUCCCCCAAGACUUGAAUGGCUUGAGUGGGCCCGAGCUGAAGGGCACUGUGUUGUGACCCUCCCCUCUCCCCCGACAUCUCAGCUUGGAGCCAGCUGAGCAGGCUUUGCUUUAUUAUUAUUAUUAUUUUUAAGCUUCUUUUUGUACUCACUGCAGUGGGUCUGUUGCUGAUUUUAACUUGUUGUUGUCCUGGGAGCUCCCUCUAGUGGUCAAAGUAGCAAAAUGUGCCCAAGGACUAGAACUGUCUCUCUGCCUUGUCUGGAGGCAGAGGAGGGGGCUCUGGGUUUGACUGGGAUCGUGGUCCCCAGGGUUCCAUGGCUUUUAAGGGUCUUCUCUCUUUUCUGUUUCCCCCACCUGUGUUACAGUCUUAAAAAUUCUGUACAUAAUAGAUAUAUGUAACGAGAGAGACAGCGUGCGUGAGAAUGUGUUCGUGACUUCGUGUGAUAUAAUUUAUCACGAUUUGGUGGCCUUUGUCAUGAGUUUUUUUCCUUUGUUUUCUUUUGCUGGGGGCACCUCCCUCGGGCCCCCUGUGGCAGUCUGGCUGUGAGGCUUCCAUAGUCAGCAUCUCUUGUUAGCCAAACAGUUCCCUUUGGCAGGUACUUGGAGGGACAAUGGUUUUGGAAGAGAGACGGCCCUUCUCUCUCCUCCUCACUGACCCAUGUCCUAAAGGUUACAGGGUUCAAACACACCUGGUUAUUGUUGUUACUGUUGUUUAAUUUUUAUUUUAACCAAAGGUUAUCAAAGCCAGUUGGGCUUGGACCUCAGCUGCUAAAAAGAUUUUCCGUUUCCACGAGGGCAGGAAAGCGUCCACCCUCGCAGGUCUCCUCCGUCCAGGGCAUGGUGUGGGAGUUCCACGGGCAGCGUGGAAGUCAGCCCUGGGUUGGUUCCCCAAGGUGGUGGGAGGGUGACAGACAUAUCUUUAGAGUUAAGACUGCAAGGCAGCAGUGUUGGCGUUGGAGGGUAACUCAGGUUGCUGUGGUGAUCGGUGUCUGGUAAUAUUGGUUUUGCUUUCCUCCUUGUAUACAUAGACCAUUUGUCUUUGAGGACUAGGGUACUCUAGGGAGUCUGAACAUUGCAGGAGCCAGAAAGAGAUCGUGACCUGAGAGGCCCUUCCUGCUGGCUUUUAAUAUUGGCUCUCCUCUUGGGAGUGAGGACUUGAGGCAGGUGGGUGGAGAGGGAGAGCCAGGGUGUGAUGGGCCUGCCUCCUGGGCUGGUUCCUGGGUCUGGCCUGCCCAACUGCCUGCCUCUCCACCACAUGCUUUUUUUCAGUUAGUUGCCAGUGGGCCCUGCUUGUCCCCUCAUCACGAGCCCACAGCUUGCCAAGAAAGACCCCAACGCUCGCUGGGGCAGCACCAGUCCUAGCGGGGACAAAUUGGUCCAUCCUUUGUAAAGCUGUAAAUACUUAAUUUUGACUUUCUAUUUCUAAGCCCAGUGUCAUAUUGACACUGGUUUUUUAGAAUUGUUCUCAGAUAGGCUCUCCUGCACUGCCCUCUGUCUCCUAUUUUUUGGGGGUUUUAUACAAACAGAGGAUUGGGGAGGGACAGGAAGAUUAGCAUCCUUUUGGCUCCCUGGUUGGUUGUGAAACACACACACACACACACACACACACACACACACACACACACAGUCCUCUGAGAUUCUGAACAGGAAAAAAAUUAUUGGCAAGCCAACACAUUUUUGUUUCUUGUCUUGAGGUCCCUGAAGGAUCAAUCAAUCCAUCGUGGACUAAUACUGUGGGUGGAGCUCAGAUGACCUAGGGAGAAGGAAACCACUUAAGCUUGGAAUGGGAGGAUGGGGGGUGGGGUAGGGGAGAAUAUAAGAUGUAACUUAAGCUAAAUGUAAUCUAUUUAUAAAGCAAAAAGACUCUCAUCUAUUUUUGUGAAAGGAAGGGUUUUUUAAUCUAGGGUAGGCAGUUGUGAUAGCCCAGCAUUUUUCUGUGGAUGAGACGCAGUGCAUGUUGUUGCUGGAUUGAAUAGAACCCAGUUCCCCUCUCCCUGCCUUCUUUCCUCGCUUCUGGUCACCCACACCCAUAAGCAGCUUCAGCAGAGUAUAGGUCCCAUUUCACCCCAUUCUCCUCUCCUCUGACCCCUCAGCUCCUUGGAAGUUUUGGGGUGGGGAUCUGAGGGGGAGGGUGGGCUGCAGGAAAUUCAGAAGUGAGGUGAGUGGGGGGAGGGAAAAGGGGGCACUAGGGAGGGGACAAGCUCUGCUGUGGAGGAUAGGCUCUGAUUAAUUAGUUACUCUGACUCUGGUCUGCCGAGAUCCAUCAUUGGGAGAGGGUUAGGCGGCAGCAGAGCGUGGGUGACAGUGGGAGCACACGACUUCCUUGGAGCCUGGCCUUUGCGGGUCCAGGUGGUCAGGCAGCCGGAGCAGGACUGGAAAUAGCAAAAGAUGCUCAUAACCCAGCCCGGGCUGAGCCUGGACUGCAAGCCUUGCUGUGUUCCCCGCAGGGGCCUGGGGGAGGGAUCAGGGUGCUGGGAGUUUCCUAGGACCAGGGUCCUCCCCCUUGACACUGAGCUCUGGCUGUAGAAGAGAUUUCUCCUGGAGUGGGGAGUCUGGAGGGGGCUGGGUGGGUGUAGGUAAAGCCAGAAUCUCUCUGGAAGGGAAUAUUUUAUGAAUGGAAGAUUUCCAGGCUUAGGGUGAGCUGUGUGUUCGUCCUGAGCAAAUCCCUCACCAAGACCCCUCCCUCCCAAGCUCUCUAGGAAACAGGCAAAGCCCUCCCCUGCAAGACCCCUUGUGGACGUUUUUGCAUCUACCUGAUUUUUAGCCCCGUCCAGGGAGACUUUAUACCCAUGGUUCCAUCCUGCCCCACCGUUGCUGUUGUCUGCCAGCUGGGUCUAGCAUCACAGGGAAGUGGGGGCAUUUAUACUCACCGAAAGACUACUGAUCCUACCGGAAACCAACCUGUUUACUGUACUGUUGUAAAUAUCAUGCCCUUUAUAUCCUGUAUAUUGGCUUCUUUUAAAUAAAGUGAAAUGUCUUAGAAUUGA